AUGAGCCGGAUAUGCCAUGCUCUUGAGGCGCCUAAAAAGGAAAGGACCAGCCAGCUCGUGGCCCGCCUUCCUCUAUGGCUCGCUGCGUCCUCCCUCCCUCUCUCUGAGCCGCCUAUGAGCUGGCUAUCUAUCCACGCUCGCCAUAACGCCGCUCAUGGCUCUUCUUGUGCUGCGCCUGCCGCUGCUGCCGCGGGAGCUACCUACAGGUGUGCAGUGCGGUUCGGUCCGGUCUUGCGCUCUUCUGCUGCAUGCCUGCGACCAUCACAGCAGGCAUCUCUCUUGCACGGAUGCCUCUACUCCUGUCAAGACUCGUUCCAGCCAGUGGAGGCGUGUCAGUACCAGCAGGGCCGUUCUGUUGCCACGUGGGCUGAUCAGCGCAAGCAGCAGCUCUCAAUGGCCAACAACGCCAUGCUCUCAUUCGUACCGUGGAUGCAAGUCAGUUCCGCCCGGGCGGCGAUUCUUCGUCUCGACAUGACACAACUGCUACCCAUUGCUGCUGCUGGCAUAACCGUCCAUCUGUCCUUCCUGGCGCUCAACAUGGGAGUGAUGGCGGCCCUGAGGCGAAUCACCCCUCCCCUUCCCCUUCAAGAGGCCAACGCUGUUGAUAGAGCUGUCAUCAUCCUCUCCAGCCAGAAAACCCUUCCAGUGGCUGCAACAGUGGUGGAGAAGAUUGGAACGCUUAUGGGCGAGCCAGCAUUGGUCCUGCUGCCAUGCAUCCUCACCCAUUUCCUCCAGGCGGCGGAGAUUGUCGCGGCGCGCGUGUACCAGGCGUACAAGAACGACCCCGCUGUCCCCGCGCCGCUGCUGCGCCUGCACUUCCACGACUGCUUCGUCCAGGGCUGUGACGCGUCGGUGCUGCUCGAUUCGACGGAGGACAACAAGGCGGAGAAGGACGCGGAUCCCAACGCCACUCUCGGUGCGUUCGAUGUGGUCGACGACAUCAAGGACCACCUCGAGUCGGAAUGCCCUGGCGUCGUGUCUUGCGCCGACAUUCUCGCUCUCGCCGCUCGCGAAGGCAUUCAUCUGGCCGGCGGUCCUUUCACGGAGGUGCCUCUGGGCCGUCGCGACGGGCUGACGUCAUUCGCGCUCGCGGCGGAGACUUUCCUCCCGGGCUCCACGCUCAACGUCUCUGGCCUCGUCCAUAACUUCAACACAGUCGGCCUCGAUAUGACCGACGUUGUGACUCUUAGCGGAGCUCACACUAUCGGGGAGGGCCGCUGCGUGAGCCUGAAGAACCGCCUGGAGCAGGACGACCCCACGAUGGACCCGGAAUUCGCGGCGUACGUGAAGCAGAAGUGCGGCACGAGCAACAUCGACCCCAAGGCGAUGAUUGACAACGACUAUGCUUCGCCAAACAAAUUUGACAACCAGGGCCUGUUCACCACCGACCAGGCUCUCAUUUACGACGACAAGACGGAGCGCGCAGUGAAGGCCUUCGCGCACGCCAAGAGCACGUGGUUCGACGCGUUCCCCAAGUCGCUCAUGAAAAUGGGCGUCAUUUCGCCGCUCACCGGCACGCAGGGCGAGGUCCGCCUCAACUGCCACGUGCGCAACACCUACUAG